UAGUAAAUUCCCAUGACGACCUUCUCAAAGGUUUUUCCAUUCUGGCUCCUGGAUUUCUUCAUAGAAGAAAAGUUUCCUUACUAUUGUUCUUCCUCUGUCUCUCUUAGGAAAGCCUUAGCCCAUAAUUUCUCUGGCUUUACUGUGUCAUUCUUGGGAAAACCAGGAGCUUCUUGAAGAAGCCUCUUUCUUCUGGAGGAGCCUCAAGUCCCUUUUAAAAUUCUGAUUGUAUAGCUGCCCCUUCUUCUGUUGUCAUACAUCUCCAUUCUCUGUUGUCCCAUCUUGACAAGGGCUAUCUCCCCUCUACCUUAAUCAAAACCUUUUUUCUUCCCACUGAAGCCUUGUUUCUUUCCUUUAGGAGUCUUACAUUCUUUCUAACAAUCUAUAUUCUAGUUCCUUCAUCUUCAGAAGGGAAAUCAAACUAAACUUAGAACACAAAAAAUAGUCAUGGAAUUGCAAUUACAACUUUAUAGAGGCUGAGAUUUUCAACCUCUUAAAACGACUUAGGGAUAUUUAUCCACUAAAUACCUGGUUACAAAAACAAAAAAACAAAAACCUUUGCACUUCCAAUUUGCUUUACACUGCCCUCCCCCUCCCCACUUACUCUUAUCUGUGUACUUAGCCUUCUGUUUGUUCCACUUAUCCUUUCUUGCCUUGCCAACUAUCUUCUUCUUAAUCUUUCUUGAAUCUUUUCUCUUCAGGUUCUACAUCCUAAUCCUCCUUAAUUAUCCACUAUCCUCUUCCUAAUCCAUAAGUAGAAUCUGGGCCAUUAUUCUGAGCCUGGAGAUUAUUCUCCUUCAUAUUUUCAUUAAUUUAUCCUCCAAAUUCAACUUCCAACACUAUAUUGAUCUAAACCUGUCUUAAGUUAUCUACAUGGUUUCUCUCUCCUAGGAUUCAUGUUUUCUUUUUCCCUGAUCCUCUUCUACUCCCUUCCACUACCCUUCUUUUCUCAUGGAAGCCAGUAGAAUAAAUACUCUGUCCUCAUCACUCUUUAUCUCCAGUAUUAUAUUCAGUUUGGGAUACCAUGGUUUAAAAUGGCAUUGAUAAACCAGAAAGUGACAGCCAGGAUACUGAAAGGUCUUGACAUUUGAGGGUCUGUUGGUAUAUUUAGCUAUGAUUAAUUCAAGUAUUCAAAGAGCAGUAUUGUAAUGAAUAGAUUAGGUUUCCUUUCUUUGACCUUGAAGGACAGAACCUGGAGCAAUGUUUGGGAAGUUAUGAAGAGUCCAAUUUAGGCUUCAUGUCAGGAAAAACUUUCAAAUGAUGAGAGCUGACCCAAAGUGGAACAGGCUGCCUUGAGAGGUGGGUUCCUUAUCCUUGGAUAAGGAUAUCUUCAGGUAGUGACUGGACAACCACUUGUCAGGUAGGUUAUAGUAGGGAUUAUAUUCUAUAUAUGGGUUGAUAGUCUUUGGAGAUCUUGUGCAACUCUCAGAUUCUUUGAUUCUGUGACUGAUUCCCACCUAUUUUUCCUCCUGGAAACAUCAGGAUUUGACUUAUACCUCUAAACAGUAGUAGUUUCCACUCAAGAAUUCCAGCUAACAAAACAUUGGCAAAGUUUAUCUCACUCCAUAGAAAACAUACCUAGGUCUGACUCUUCCCCUUCUUUCUCUGGUAAAUAUACCCCUACCUCCCCCAACAACCUGAAUAGCUUUCUUUACCUAGAUUACCCUUUUAUAUGAAUUAUACCAUUCUCUCUCCAUGCCUCCCUAGUACCACUCAAAGAGAAAGUACUUGAGGUUGAUUGUAUGUCCCUGAUAGAGUUGGCUCACCAGAAAGGGAAAGAGAACAGUUAUCUUAACUGUUAAUAGGUUGAAGUGCAAGUACUUCAUGUUUUCGUAUUGGGCUUAAUAAAGCCCGUUUUAUAUUGUUUUGUUAGCCUCAAUGCUUGUAUGGCACCUGAGGUCUUUGUACUUUUUGUAGUGAUCUAGACAUGAAUCCCACCUCCCCUUGGAAACGUAGAGUUGUUCCAGACUUAGAAUACUCCUGGUAAAGAGAAUUACAUGGAAUUGCUUCCCUAAACCUGUACAGUUCACAGAGCUUCUAGUAGUAGCAGUGAAAAGGAGCAUUGGGUUUCUCUCCUCCAUAUAGUAGCUACUUCUUGCUCUUCCUUGGCCCUGGCUCCUUCUUUGCAUCUGAGAAGCUUGACCUAGGAUUCUCAUAGUGUUCUGUCCACUGCUGCUGGCUCAGGUGACUUGGGAACUCCACAGUCCCUCUGGUACCACCAUAUCUGGGACCUCUCCUUAGAGGGAUCCUAUGUAUGUACUGGGUUUCCGCCAAGGGAAUGACUUCUGAAACUCAAUGUGUCAAUAGUCCAACCCAUCUCUGUGUCUCUUUCCUAUAGCUCCAGUCUGCCCUUUUUAAAGGCCAAGUCCAAGGGAAGCCCAAGUAGCAGUCAUCCCCAAUUUGGUGUUCUCGGAGCAAGACUGCCCAGGAUAGUUUACUUGCCUAAACUGGAUUGAAAGCCACUCAAAUUACUGGAGAUCAUCUUUUUAAGGUAUCUCAAGAGAAAAGAAGCAGGUCUUCACAAUAAUGGAAGAGUCCACAAGUUCUAAAAAUGGAAAUCAUGAACCAAGGAAGACUGCUCGGGUUGUUUGUGAAGAAAGCAAAGCUAUUAGAGCUACCAACAAUCAGAAUUUGAAAGCUAGAAAUGAUAGAGUCAUAAGGGACAUUGGAAGAAGUUCUCCAAGUGGGAACAGUAAUAAAAAAAAUAAACAAAAUGAUGUUUGUACAGAAAAAAUAGACCUUAAAUCAUGUAAGGUAAAUACCUCUAGUGUCUCAGGCACUAAAGACUUGGGAUCAGUCCUUCAAGAUCAAAGUCACUGCAAAGCAAAAAAGUCACCAGGGCCCCUGGCGACCAUCGAAAGUGGGAAACCAAGAGCCCAGCAGGUGGAGGAGAAUGUUCCAAGUUCCCCUAUUCCUGAGAAGGAUGUGAAUAAAGAAACCUUACUUGCUGUACAAAAAGGAAAAUCAGCCUUAGAAAAUGCUCCAGGCACUCCGAAACUAAAAAUGUGUACAGAUAAUACUAGUGACUCUGGUAAUAGUAUUUCAGGAACAGAAGACAAAUCUGAUGACUUGAGUAAAAUGAAGAGUGCUGAGCCAAUGAAAGACCCUCCUUCAGAGCUGGAUUACUUAGAAAACGCUACCACCAUCGAUGAGUCGAUGCUGACCCCUGAGCAAAAGCUGGGGCUGAAACAGGCUGAGGAACGCUUGGAGCGAGAUUACAUCUUUCGACUAGAAAAACGCUCCCCGGAAUAUACCAAUUGCCGAUAUCUAUGCAAAUUAUGCUUAGUUCAUAUCGAAAACAUCCAGGGAGCACAUAAACACAUAAAGGAGAAACGGCAUAAGAAAAACAUUACGAGAUCUAUUAAAAACACCAGAUCCAAUGAUCCCUGGCUCGCUCUUUCCAUGUCUCUCCCAACAACUGGACCAUUGGCUCAUCCCACUGAAUUAUCCACCUCCCAGUCAGCUGUUUGUGGUCCUGUGGGAUCCAGUCUACACAAAGCAUUAUGUGAAAAACAAGAAGAAAAUGAACUCCGUUCCCUGCCACCUCCUUCCCCUGCCCAGCUGGCGGCUUUGAGCUCCACCCUCAUGCAAGCAGCAAAAGAACAAGGGAUUUCAGACAAUGACUUUGGGUUCCGGCAGGACAUUGUGACUGAAAUGGAAAAGGUUAUACAGCUUCGCUUACCAGACUGUUCACUGCGCUUGUACGGCUCCUCUAUGACUAGGUUUGCCUUUAAAAGCAGUGACGUUAACAUAGAUGUGAAAUUUCCAUCCACUAUGAGUCACCCAGAUGUUCUGAUUCAGGUGCUUGACAUAUUAAAAAACUGUGCAUUAUACUCAGAGGUGGAGUCUGACUUUCAUGCCAAAGUUCCUGUUGUCUUUUGCAAAGAUGUGAAGAGUGGUUUAAUCUGUAAGGUGAGCGCUGGAAAUGAUGUGGCAUGCCUCACAACUGACUUGCUUGCUGCCCUUGGCAAGCUAGAGCCUGUCCUAACUCCACUGGUAUUAGCUUUUCGCUACUGGGCUAGGUUGUGCCACAUUGACUGCCAGGCUGAAGGGGGGAUCCCUUCAUACUCUUUUGCUUUAAUGGUGAUGUUUUUUCUUCAACAAAGAAAACCCCCUCUUCUUCCUUCCUAUUUAGGGAGUUGGAUUGAAGGCUUUGACUCCAAACGAGUCGAUGAGCACCAGCUGAAGGGCAUCGAAGAUGAGAAGUUUGUGAAGUGGGAAUAUAAACCUUUGCCCAGUGGGCCUGGGAAGAACUCAGGCACCUCUGAAAAUAAAGCCAAAGCUGAUCAGAGAAGUGGCACUAAGAAGGCAACCAGCUCAGAAACGGACCCUCAGAGUGGUGCUGCCAAGGAGAGACAUGGCAAGUCUCCUUUAGCGUUGGAAAUACCAAAUCAGGUGUCCCUGGGACAAUUAUGGUUAGAGCUGUUAAAGUUUUACACACUGGAAUUUGCUUUGGAGGAAUAUGUCAUAAGCGUACGGGUACAAGAACUCUUAACACGAGAGAACAAAAACUGGCCUAAAAGGCGAAUAGCCAUUGAAGACCCUUUUGCUCUCAAGAGGAAUGUUGCACGGAGUUUGAAUAGCCAGAUGGUGUUUGAAUAUAUCCUGGAGAGGUUCAGGACAGCCUAUAAAUAUUUUGCUUGUCCUCAGAGUAAAGACGGGAAUAAGUCUAAGGUGGAUUCCAGGAAGAAGGAGAGGGGGAAAAUGAGCAACAAGAGACCUGCUAAGUCUGGAGAUGUGGGCACCAGUUGCGGCCCUCUCCAGGGGGAAAAUGUAGAGAAGAUCAACCCAGGAAGUAGGAGUGGUGCUCAUGUUUGUCAGUCUGAUGACUGUAAUGAAACGGAGUGUACGUCCCAGAGAUGUAGGAAGGAUGUAGGCCGAUUGGUAAAGAAGCUGGAUGCCACUGACUCCAGUCAUGGUGAGAAUGAUGGCUGUGAAGCAGAGCCCAAACCUCUUGAAGAGCAACAUGAUUUAGAGCCUUCAGAAAUUUGUUCGAAAGAUGAGCUCAGCCACCAGUGUAACUGCCAUGAACACAGGUCACCUGACCCAGACGCCAUUAAUGAACUUGAGGGGACCCACUGCAGACCAGAUUUGGAAACAAAGUGUUCACAGACGACUCCAUGCACUGACAUUGACACAUCAGCUACCUCUCCCCACUGCCAAGGUCUGGCAGAAGCUUCUGACCUUCAAGAAGAAGAUCAGCUCUGCCCUCCAGAAAUGCAUUAUGUGUUUGAUAAAUUUAUUUUGACUUCUGGCAAGCCUCCGACUAUAGUAUGUAGCAUCUGCAAGCGAGAUGGUCACUCCAAGAAUGACUGUCCAGAUGAUUUCAAGAAAAUUGAUCUCAAACCGCUGCCACCAAUGACAUACCGAUUUCGGGAUAUACUUGAUCUAGUUUGUAAAAAAUGCUUUGAUGAAUUAUCACCUCCAUUUUCUGAACAACAAAGCAGGGAGCAAAUUUUAGCCAGUUUGGAAAGGUUUAUUCAAAAAGAAUAUAAUGAAAAGGCCAGACUUUGCUUAUUCGGGUCUUCAAAGAAUGGGUUUGGAUUCCGGGACAGUGAUCUUGAUAUCUGCAUGACGCUCGAUGGCCACGAAAAUGCCGAGAAAUUGAAUUGUAAGGAAAUAAUUGAAGGUUUGGCAAAAAUUCUUAAGCGACAUCCAGGUUUAAAAAACAUCUUGCCUAUAACUACUGCCAAAGUGCCUAUAGUAAAAUUUGAACACAGGCGGAGUGGAUUAGAAGGAGACAUCAGCUUAUACAAUACCCUGGCUCAGCAUAAUACGAGAAUGCUGGCUACGUAUGCGGCCAUCGAUCCUCGGGUGCAGUACUUGGGCUAUACCAUGAAAGUGUUUGCCAAGCGUUGUGACAUUGGUGAUGCGUCCAGAGGAAGUUUAUCUUCAUACGCUUAUAUCCUCAUGGUGCUGUACUUCCUGCAACAGAGAGACCCCCCUGUGAUCCCAGUCCUACAGGAGAUAUUUGAUGGAAAACAAAUUCCCCAGCGAAUGGUGGAUGGAUGGAAUGCCUUUUUCUUUGAUGACAUGGAGGAGCUGAAAAAACGUUUGCCCUCCCUGGGCCAAAACACAGAGACACUGGGUGAGCUGUGGCUGGGGCUGCUCCGUUUUUACACUGAAGAAUUUGAUUUCAAGGAAUAUGUUAUCAGCAUUCGGCAGAAAAAGCUGCUGACGACUUUUGAGAAACAGUGGACAUCCAAAUGCAUUGCGAUUGAAGAUCCUUUUGACUUGAAUCAUAACCUUGGUGCUGGAGUCUCUAGAAAAAUGACCAAUUUCAUCAUGAAGGCAUUUAUCAACGGAAGGAAGCUUUUUGGCACCCCCUUUUAUCCUCUUGUUGGAAGAGAAGCGGAGUACUUCUUUGAUUCUAAAGCCCUGACGGAUGGAGAGUUGGCUCCCAAUGACCGAUGCUGCCGUGUGUGUGGAAAGAUUGGACACUACAUGAAGGACUGUCCUAAAAGGAGGAGCGCUUUACUGUUUAGGCUGAAAAAGAAAGAGAAUGAGAAAGAAGAUGAGAAAGAAAUGAAGGAUGAAGACAGAGAGCUUCGAGAGAAAAGAUGUUUUAUCUGUGGAGAUGUGGGACAUGUCCGAAGAGAAUGCCCUGAAUACAAACAAGCACGGCAGAGGAACAACGGCCUGGCAGGUGCCCAGCUGGUGCGCACCCUAGUCAGUGCCCAGGCAGUGGCUGGCUCAGUCCAGCAGCAAGUGGAUCGACCCUUGCGGACCAGGCAAUCCUCUGAAUGCUCUGAUUCACAGCCGUCAUCUUACUCUCCACAGCCCCCGCCAUUCCCCCAGAACUCUUCUCAACCAGCUUCUCUUGCCCAGACCACGCCACAGCCCAUAGCCCAGCCCAAGCACGGCCCACCACAGGCGGCCCAGCCUCCCCAUCAGGUCCAACUGCCUUUGUUUAACUUUCCCCAGUCACCCCCAGGUCAGUACUCGGCCCUGCACAACUUGGGACUGCUGCAGGUGCACCCCCCCCACCCCAUCCCUCUCCCAGGCGCCACCUGGCCCAUCCACGGCCCCGUGAUCCACUCGGCACCGGGGAACCCCACCCACCCCGCCGGCGUCCCGUUCCCCAUGCAGUCUGGUGGUAGUGGUACCACCAACAACCAGAGCACUGUGAGCCUGAACGACCCCAGCAUCAUCUUUGCACAGCCCGCUGCCAGGCCCCCCCUGGGCAUUCCCACUUCUCACGAGGGACACUGGCACGGCCCCGUGGCAGCAAACUCACUGGUGAACAAUGGUGCCGUGGGGAACUCAGAUCAGGGCUUUCAAGGACAAUUUGCAAAACUGACCCCUCCGAUUCCUUGGGAUCACGGGGCCCCCGCCCAUUUCCCUAUCCUCCAAGCGUCGUGGCCUUACGGCGGCGUGCCUCAGAACUUCCUCCAGCAGGGGAACGCCAGCUUUCAGCCGAACAAAGCUUUCUACCCUCCAGCUGGCCCACUGAUGCCAAGCAACCCGAGAUUCCCUCUGCUGUCUCAAGGGCACCCGUCCCUCAGCUUGAACUACAUCCAGCAGAAGAAAUGACAUUUCAUGGAAAUCAAAGCAAAUCAGGUCCUGGAUUUAACAUUUUAACACAACUCGUUUAGAUACAGAUUAUUUAAAUUUAAGACUGUUUUUAAAGUGUAUCAUUUGUAUAUAGAUACAAGCUAUAGUUUUUACUAGUAUCACCAAAAUGAGUGAUACAAAUUUCAUCUAUUUUAUUACCCUAUUUUUAAGGGACUUUUGUGUUUUGUUUUACCUUGAUGAACUGUAAAAAGAGAGAAUUUAAAAAAAAAUUAAGUUCUUUAUUUUCUAUUAGCUGUAUUCAUACUUUGGUUGCUUCAGACUUUAUAUAUAUUGUUCUUAAAAAUAAGAAUUAGGAAGGGAUUUCAUGUGUUUUAAAAUUUGUCACUUCUAUUCUUUACAGAACUAUGUAGUGCCAAAAACUUUUUAAAAGGAAAAAAAAUAAAACAAAAUUGCAACAA